GCCUCCUCGCACCCUCUCUCGCUCUAUCUCUGUCCCUCUCCGGCUCUCUACUGCUAAGCGAAGCUCUUCUACAAUUUUUCCGCCAAAUCUGAGAGUAGAAAACAUCAACUCCAAGAGAAAAAAACGAAAGCAAACGUAACCUACCGAUUUGCGUUUCUGGGUUUUCCUGAACAGAGCUCGAUCUACAGUUCCUCGUUUCGAGGACCCCUGUGUCUCAAACAUUUUAUUCUUCGAAAAUUUUCGGCUUUACCGUUUGGCUGCAAUGAUAACUGAUAAGGACUAAGGAAACACGUUAAGGGAAUCGAUAGAAUUAGGGUUUUGUUGUAAUUUGUUGUCAAGGGACUAAGCGAGAAGCGUUGUGAUCACUAUUCCUUCUUUUUUUUUGGUUCUUUGUGUGAGGAAGUUGUUUGCGUUGGGAAUGAGGUUUAACGGAGAGAUCUCCAAUCCAAAUGAAGAGGAGGAUAACGGGCGGAAUUCACAGACGUAUUCCAUCGGUCCUGGUUUUCCGCAACCGCAGAAACUCGUCGUUGGAUAUGCUUUAACGUCGAAGAAGAAGAAGAGCUUUUUGCGGCCAAAGCUUGAAGGAUUGGCUAGGAAUAAGGGGAUAUUCUUUGUUGCAAUUGACCAAAACAGGUCACUUUCCGAUCAAGGUCCUUUCGACGUUGUUUUACAUAAGUUAUCCGGAAGGGAAUGGCGCCACAUUCUUGAGGAUUAUAGACAAAAGCAUCCUGAAGUUACAGUUCUCGAUCCUCCCGAUGCCAUACAACAUGUACACAACCGCCAGUCCAUGCUCAAGGAUGUUGCAGAUAUUAACUUGUCUGACUGCUAUGGAAAAGUUGGUGUUCCAAGGCAAUUAGUUAUUAAGAAGGAUCCAGCAUCAAUCCCUGAUGCAGUUUCUAAAGCUGGGCUUAUGCUACCCCUAGUUGCAAAACCAUUAGUUGUGGAUGGAAGUGCAAAGUCACAUGAACUGUCUCUUGCUUACGAUCAAUUCUCCCUCUCAAAACUUGAACCCCCAUUGGUUCUGCAAGAGUUUGUUAACCAUGGAGGUGUACUGUUCAAGGUUUAUAUUGUUGGUGAAACUAUAAAGGUUGUUCGUCGUUUCUCACUACCUGAUGUCAAUAAAUGUGAACUUCUGCAUAAUGCUGGCGUGUUCCAAUUCCCAAGGGUUUCUUGUGCUGCAGCUUCUGCAGACAAUGCCAAUCUCGACCCAGGUGUUGCUGAACUUCCACCACAACUUUUACUUGAGAGGCUAGCAAGGGAGCUCCGUCACCGCCUGGGCCUCCAUUUAUUCAACAUAGAUAUAAUCCGGGAGCAUGGUACUAGAGACUCCUUUUAUGUCAUUGAUAUCAACUAUUUCCCUGGGUAUGGAAAAAUGCCAGAAUACGAGCACAUAUUUACGGAUUUCCUCCUGAGCUUGUGCAGGGCAAGUACUAAAAGUAGAAGCUUACUGCCAGUAAACGUUGAGGGGUCCUUAAGAGAACAAUGGCGUAGUUAAUCGUGGUCAGAAUUUAGAUGUAAUUACACGAGGAAGGUUUCACAUAUCUGUGAAUUAGUUGUACAGCAUUUUGUAUGAUAUGUGGUUGCAGUAGCUAGAUGUUGACACAGAAGAGGCAGUGAAAAAAAAAAAAAAACUCCGCAUUAACUUGAAAUUAUCAUCCGGACUGUGAUGGCAUGCCCUCACCGUAGUGCCUCUAUCAUGUACACAGCCUUGUUGCGAUUUAACAUGGAAUCUUCUCUUUGGUCCA